AUGCAUGUCAGCACGGCAAAGGGCGAUGGGAUGGGAAAGAGAGGGAAUGGGAAUGGCGAUCGUGCGUGCGUGUGUGGACAAGCGGGUGCACGCGUCGACUUGCCCGCGGACGAAAAGGUUCGGGGGUGUGUGUUGAGUGGUUCGUGGGUGGAGGAGGAAGAGGAGGAGCGAAUACGAGAAAGCGGGUACCGGGCGUGUGUGGUGGGCGGAGCGGAAUGCCGAGAGGGCGGCUUGAGGCUAAGGCUGAGGCUGAGACUGAGACCGACCAGGAAGCAAGGAAGAGAGGCAUUUUCGGACGGAAGCACAGGCGAUCGACAUCCGUACCCGCUCCGCGACGCAUCGUGUGAAAUAGCCUCAAAGCAAAAACGAUGGGUAAUUACGUACAUGGCCGUCAGACACGCACGCUUCCUUGAAAGAGUGUCGCAUGCAUAUCUCGAGCAUCAGGAUAGAGUCGGAGGUGCAGCGACGUCCAAACUAGCUUUCCUGGUGACGGACGCACUUGUGUUUGUGACGGCGGGUGUGCUACUGCUACGCUGGUCGAGGGCACGAACCAUGCUGACGGGGAAAGGUGGUGUAGCGAAGAGACAGACGGAGAAUAAAUGCAUCUGGGAUGAUGCUGUACUCAACAACAUUGAUUGA